UUCUACAGCAAACUACUGUUGUUCUAUUACUGGCGCUUGGUCGGCCAAUCGGCAUCAGCUGCCUUUCACUUCCUGGUUUCCGGGUGUACUAAUAUGGCGGCGACAGUCCAGAAACGUGUAUUACGGGUGUUGGCUCUGCACGGCUACCGGCAAAACGAACGGAGUUUUUGGGAGAGAACAGGAGCGCUACGCAAAAGACUUCGGGGCCGCGCAGAACUGAUAACUUUCAAUGCCCCAUUAGUGGUACCCGAUCCUGAUGCUGAGCCCAGUGAAGGAGACCCAGAUUCCUCACAGGAUGAAUCCAGAGGCUGGUGGUUCUCAAAUCCAGAACAAAAUAGCUUUGAUGCCAUUGAAGAAAGCAACACUUGCUCAGGGCUAGACAAGUCUCUGGAUGAAGUGGCUAAGGUGUUUUCUGAACUUGGGCCCUUCGAUGGCAUUUUGGGAUUCAGCCAAGGAGCUGCCCUGGUGGCCAUCAUUUGUGCUUUAAAGCAACAAGGAGAUCCCAGAUUCCAUUUCAACUUUGCUAUUUUGGUGGCAGGUUUUAAAAGCCGAUCAUCUGACCACACAAAGCAUUAUCAGCAGCCGAUCACCGUUCCCUCAUUGCAUGUCAUUGGUGAGACAGACCGUGUCAUAUCUGCUGACAUGAGCCGGGAACUGGUUUCCCAUUUUGAGAAUCCUGUUAUAUUGAUACAUCCUGGAGGACAUUAUGUUCCGGCUUGUGCCCCUCAAAAAAAAGUGUAUUGGGAGUUUUUGGAUAAAUUCCUUAGUUAGCGUGCUGAUAGAGGGCAAGAGGAACCCUUACAUUUCGUAAUAAUUAUUUCCUAAUCAAAGUAAAAAUUACUACAACCAUGUAUAUAAUGAUAUGUGCUGCUUUAAUUGUGUCAAUGAAUUGAAUAUAUGUAUUAUGUGCCAGGAAAGAGUGACUAAAAUGUAAAUUUCAAAACUGCUCAGAUGAGCACUGUGAGCAAUUUUACUUUGUUACAUGGGUGGUUAUAUAUCCCCUUUACUGGUAAAACUUUUGAGUUUGCUUUAGAAACACAAUUAUAGUUUAUAUAAACAAGCUGCUGUGUAGUCAUGGGGGCAGCUAUUGAAGCACAGAAGAGUGGGUAACAGAUCUGAAGAAUGCCAUUGUAUACUACUUUUGUGUUAUCUUCUGAGUAUCCUGUGCCUGUUCUCCUUUUUCAGCUUGAUUGGCUGCCCUCAUGGCUACACAGCAACUUGUUUAUAUAAACUAUAUUAGUGUUUCUGAAGCAAACUCACCCGUUUAACCAGUGCAGAGCAUUAUAUUUCCAUUACUCCGUUACUGUUCCUUUAACUACUCAUAGGCACAAUUUUCAAGGACAUGGGGGAGUCGGAAACCAGUAUCAAAAUAAUCGCUUUGGACAGCCCUAAAUAAAGAGCUUAUUUAUUAAUUCA